AUGAUAGAGAUCUUGUGCUUAAUCAAACAUAAUGGAGAUGCAACACAAAGUCAGAAAAUACCAAUCUAUGAAAGAGCACCAUGGUAUGAGACUGUUGGAUUUCAAGAACAAGAAGAUAAACUUACCCAACCAAGAGUCAUAUCCUCCCACCUACCCCACCAAUUGUUUGCAAAAUCUUUUUUCAAAUCCAAAGCGAAAAUUAUUUAUACAAUGCGGAAUCCUAAGGACAUAAUUGUUUCUUUGUACCACUUCACCAAGAUUCUUUUCAUUUUCAAGGAAUCUGAUAAUUUUCAACAACUAAUAGAGGACUUUGUGAAAGGGAAUGCUCUGUAUGGCUCUUGGUUUGACCAUGUCAAAGGUUGGAUGCAAAUGAAGGACGACAGCAGAUUCUUCUAUAUUACAUAUGAGGAGCUUUUAAUGGACCCUCGUGGAAGUGUGGUCAGACUCUGUAAGUUCCUAGGAAAGGAGUUGGACGAUGCUCAGAUUGACUCCAUUGUAAAGCAUUCAACUUUCAGCAGCAUGAAGGAAAACAAGAUGUCUAACUGGACUCAAAUGGCAUCUGACUUUUUAGAUCACACAAAGGGCUCCUUUUUACGUAAAGGAAUUGCUGGAGACUGGAAGAACCAUUUCACAGUGGCCCAGAGUGAAUAUUUCGAUAAAAUUUUUCAGGAGAAAGUGAAAGACCUCAACAUGUCUUUUCCCUGGGAACAACUAUGA